UUCACGAAGAACCUGGCAACCCUAUCCCUUCUGUCUCACAUUCUGUCAUUGGGCAGGACAGCAACAUUAUUUCAUAUUAUAAACAUUUUUCUCACCACGAAAGCUGUGCGUUUGCAGCAGAAGCAUGGGUUCGGGAGAGAGUACAACAAGAAAAGUGUCCUUCGGUGUUGACGAUGAGGACAGGGUCAGAAUUCUCCGUGGAGUCAAGCUGUCAGAAGAUGUUCUGCAAAGAAUGAGAGGAGUUGCCAACAUUGCCCCAGACCGCACGUCAUCACCUGCCUCAAGCCCUCAAACAAACACAGCCUCCUCUCACAGUGCCAGCUCAGGCUCUCAAUCUCAGCAAGGCCCACAGCAGCGCGCACAACCCAGUUCGCACUCCAGCAAAUCGGCCUCCUUCAGCAAGGAAGAUCAGAGGAGGUAUGAACAACAACAGAAGUUACUGAAGGAAGAGUGGGCCAAGAUGGCACAGCGAGAAAUGGAGGCGGCAAAGGAAGAGAUGGCCAAAGCCACGAGCCGGGAAAGACAACAAACACGGCUGGAAGCUGAGAGGACCAAACAGUUGUCUGCAGAUGAGAUAGAAUCAAUGGUUCAGCAUCUACAGAAGAAAGACUCACAGCUGAAAGCACUGGAUGCCUUCUACAAGGAGCAACUGGCACAACUGGAGAAGAGGAAUUUGGAAAGGUAUCAACAAAGCAAAGAACAGUUCCACCAAGCUGCCUCCAAGACGGAAGAAAAUGUCAGGCCUCGCAACACAGAGGCAGUGUGUGCUGGCCUGCAGGCUCAGAUUUUAUCCUGUUACAGGGACAACAAAGACCAGACCUUAAAGUGUUCUGACCUGGCCAAAGAAUACAUGCAGUGUAUCAAUGCUGCAAAAAAGAACCUGCUGGUCAACCACGGAUGAAGAGUGGGAGGAAAAGGGUAAAACCGUUACAUGACGACAAGCUUUUACUUAAGCACUAAUGGCAGCACUGUGGUCGCAUCCUUGUUUUGCUUUAUGAAAGAGAUAGUUUGCAGUUAGCAUGCCUUUUUUUUGUGCUAUUUAUCUGUGGUGUGAUCCGUUACACUAUUAUUCUGCACUGCUACAUACUACAGAGAAGUAAACAAGAAAUGAGUGUGUAUAUUAGGCUCACGGGUUGAGGCGGUGCACUUUCAAUUCAGUCAUUUAUGAGCGCUGUGAUAAAGUAUCUGCACUCUUCAUGAUUCCCCCUUUUUUUUUUUUGUUGGUGCAUUUCUCACAUUUACAUGUUUUAGAUCAUCAGGCAUAGAUGACUGUUUACUCUUAAUAAAUGACAUCAUUUA